AUGGCAGAAAAUCAAUAGAAAAGCAAUAUCAAACCUGCAAUGCUUAAUAUGAAAAACUUUCAAAUUGCUGUGGGAGCCACAUUAAUUCUUCAACCUUUAGAAGUUUUACAGACAUCAAUGAUAGCAACUGGUUAUUCAAAACAAAAUAUUAAUUUCAAAGGUUUAUCUCUAAUUGCCUCCUAAAUUUAUUCUCAAGAAGGAAUAAGAGGCUUUUAUAGAGGGACUAUUGUAUCAAUUGCAAAGAAUACAGUAUCAUUUUCAUUUUUUUUCUCAGGUAUUGAGAAAUAUAGCCCACCAGCCCAUUAUCCUGUCUAUCUUUAAAGUCUAUUAAAUUUAAUGAUUGCCUCUUCAAGCAAAUUAGUGGGCACAGUAGCUUCAACUCCAUUGGCUGUAAUGAGAACGAAAAUGUAAAUUGUUGGUAACAAUGAAUACAGCAAAAUUGAUAAAUGUUUCAUGAAAAUAGCAAGGGAAGAAGGCUUCUUUGGGUUUUAUAGAGGGGUCUUCGCUGCAAUUUUAAAAGAUGUACCUUUUUCUGGAAUUUAAUAUACAAUUUAUCGGAAUUUAUUAAAUUUGAGUGGUUUAUUUACAAAAGGCUAGGAUCCAAAAAAAAACUCAGUUUUAGUAGCAAUUUGUGGUUCAAGUGCAGCAAUGCUUGCAAUUAUGGUUACAUAUCCAUUUGACAACUUAAGAAUAAGAUAGUAGGCAUAAAACAAGAGUAGUAAUUUACUUCUUUUAGCAAAGACUGUAAAAAUGACUGAAGGUCUUUCAGGGUUUUAUUAAGGAUAUUUGCCUAGACUUAUUAAAAAAUGUAUUUAAAGUGGAGUUUUGUGGAUGGUGUAUGAAAAAUUAGCUUUGAAACAGAAAAAAAAAAAUAUGGAAUAAUGA